GUGACUAAAACAUUAUAUUUAAACGAUUCUUAGACCAACAUUUUUAACCAUUUUUCCCGUCAUCAUUUUGUUACUGUGGCAGUCCCUGCAUUCAUAUAAUGGCUUCGAUGACUAAAUUUGUAGUUUUCUUUGUUGGGCUGUUUCUUGUUAUAGACGCUAAGGAAAUUGACGUGUGCAGUGUCCAGCCUCCCAUAAAAGAAGACUUCGAACUAUUGAAGCUUUCCGGUAGAUGGUACUUGUUUGCCAGCUAUACUAACAUGUUUGAAAAAGUAAACACAGAGAGAUGUUACACAUACCUUAUGACGGUAGUAGGCAACGAUCUUUACUUCACAGUAACCUAUAUAAGGGACAAUAAAACAUCGGAGGAAAGACAUACUCUCGAAGGUAAUCUGACCAGCGAUCCUGAUAGUCCUGGGAAAGUGCGAAUCACGAUGCCUGCUGUGGGACUGGAUAAUACCUUCAACAUUGUGGAUGCAAAGUACGAUGAUUAUGUAAUUAGUUACAUCUGUGAUAUUUCUCCAGGCUACAAAGCUCAAAUGGUUUCGAUUAUAACGAGGGAUGCUCACCUGAGUGAUGCUAAAAAGAAAGGUUUACUGGAGAAGCUGAAGUCACUAAAGAUUGAUACAGAACGUUUGGAAUUCGAUUCCAAAGAAAAUUGUUAACAUUGCUUUGUUUGGAUGUAAAAACUGAGAUUAUUCAUUAAAUAUGAAGUGUUAAAAUGCA